CCCCACCCCAAAUGCGCCAUUAGCCUGUGACGUUUGCUGAAGAAGAAGAAACGCUAGCUCGCACGCAGCUCACCAGAGGCUUCACCAAAGAAGCCUGCGCUCUCCUAAAGGACGAACAAACUAUCACAAAAUUUGAGCGAUUUUACCGAAAAGCAAGGCAUUUUGUGCUCGUAAAGGGUCGCGUUAAAAAUCUCGCAAGGGCGAAAAGGUGAAGGUUCGAGAUCCCCCCAGGCCAAAGUGAGCCCAGCCCACAGUGUCAGACAGAACAGACGACUGGCCAACACACAGACGCUAUGGACCGUUCAUCCACUGCCAGCCUGAUGGCCGCCAGCAACGUCACCAACAAGACAGACCCUCGCUCGCUCAACUCGCGGGUGUUCAUCGGCAAUCUCAACACCCUGCUGGUGACCAAGGCCGACGUGGAGGCCAUCUUCGCCAAGUACGGCAAGAUCGUGGGCUGCUCAGUGCACAAGGGCUACGCCUUCGUGCAGUACGCCAACGAGCGCAAUGCCCGCACCGCCGUCGCCGGGGAGGACGGGCGGAUGAUUGUUGGACAAGUACUUGACAUCAAUCUUGCCGGAGAGCCCAAACCGCACCGCUCCAAAACCACUAAACGUUCAGCUGGAGACAUGUACAGCACUUCCUCCUUUGAACUGGACUAUGACUUCCAGAGGGAUUAUUAUGAUAGAAUGUAUUCGUAUCCAUCUCGUGUGCCUGCGGCACCUCCUCCGCUGUCCCGCCCCGUUAUCCCGUCAAAGCGCCCGCGGGUCAGCCUCAGUAGCGGAGGGGGAGGAAGCAGCCGGCGACCCAAGAGCAGCUUCUCUUCAUCCUCUAAGAGCAGCCAGAGGACCUACUCAUCCAGAAGUAUGAAAGUGGAUGAGCUGCAGACCAUCAAGCGCGAGUUGACUCAAAUCAAAAGUAAAGUGGACGACCUCCUGGAGAGCCUGGAGCGCAUGGAGAAGGACCACAGCAAGAAGUCUGAAUCCAAAGUUACUAAGACCGAGCCCGGUGAGGUGACCUCCCCGCCUCACUCGAGCAACAAGAAGGACGAGGCCCUGAAGCGGGAGCGGGACAGCCAGGAGCUCAAUGACACCGAGGAGGAGGAGGAAGAAGAGGAAGAGGACGAUGAUGAAGAAGAGGAGGGUGACCUUCUAGAGGAAGAGGAGGAGGAGAUGAAGAACCAAGAGGAAGAGGAGGAGGAGGAGGAAGGCGAGCAUGUGGAAGGUGAUGACGACGGCGACAGCAUCAACGGUGAAGAAGACUCAUAGGCCUCAGCCGAAGCGCACUGCACACAAGUUUGUGCAAUUUGUUUUUUUCCCCUCCUUUUUAGCUCUCGUAAAUGUGUGUGUUCGCUUCACUCGUUGUCUGUCCGUUGCUUUGACCCCCUUGUAUGUCGUUUUUUUUUAAUAUAUAGGCCUAUGCUUCACCUUGUUUUACUGUAAAGGAAUAAAUUGCAAUAAAAUAUUAAAAUGACA